UCUCCCGUUCCCCCGGCCCCGCGCAAGGUGGACGCAGCGUACGGCGACAAUGGCCUGGACUCCGCGCUUUUCAUGGAAAACGCCCGGAAAAGCAGCAUCGUGUCACGGGCCAACAGCAUCGGCUCCACGAGCGCCUCCUCCGUCCCCAAUACGGAUGACGAGGACAGUGAUUAUCACCAGGAGCCCUACAAGGAGUCGUACAAGGACCGGCGCCGGCGGGCGCACUCCCAGGCAGAGCAGAAGAGGCGAGAUGCCAUCAAGAAAGGCUACGAUGACUUGCAGGCCAUCGUCCCCACCUGUGAGCAGCAGGAUUUCUGCAUCGGCUCCCAGAAGCUGAGCAAGGCCAUUGUCCUCCAGAAAACCAUUGACUACAUCCAGUUCCUGCACAAGGAAAAGAAGAAGCAAGAGGAGGAAGUUUCUACUCUCAGGAAAGACGUGAUGGCCUUGAAGAUCAUGAAAGUGAACUAUGAGCAGAUUGUGAAAGCUCAUCAGGACAACCCUAACGAGGGGAAGGACCAGGUCUCCGACGAGGUGAAGUUCAAUGUUUUCCAAGGCAUCAUGGAUUCCCUCUUCCAGUCCUUUAACGCCUCCAUCUCGGUGACGAGUUUUCAGGAGCUCUCAGCUUGUGUCUUCAGCUGGAUCGAGGAGCACUGCAAGCCCCAGACGCUGCAGGACAUUGUCAUCGGGGUCCUGCACCAGCUGAAGAGCCAGCUCUACUGACCCUCCCUGCAGCGCCGGGGCCACCGCGGGGACGGGGCACCUCCUGCCCAGUGCCAGGCACCAGGAAGGGCCCGGCUGUUGGUAAAACCGCUCUCAAUUAUUUAUUUUGUUAACUAGAAACCAAACGGGGGCUGCGCGGCCGCCGCUGCUCCACGGGUGCUGUCACUGGCUGCUACCAAAUACUUGUAGGGACAAGGGCACCGCGCGGCCACCAGCGCUCGCUGCGCCUCCUGAGAGCUUCUGUCUACACACCCCCCUGCAGCUCCAGCUCCACCCGCGCUGCCAGCCCUGAUUUGAGUUUGUUUCUGUUCUUAUGAAUCACUGAAUUCACUCUGAGGUGUCACAGCAUGGGCUGUGCAGAGGGUGUCACACGCUGCUGUCGGUGCGGGUCAUGGUUGUGGCCAACACACACCCCCCCACAGCCAGUAGUGACGGCUCCAGGCUCCUCCCGCGCGGUGACACCCACAGUGGGCUCUGUCCCCUGCCAUCAGGCUCCUGCUCUCACUUUUGGGGGCAGCAGGUAUUUCCUUCAGGCUGUUUUUUCCCUCUCCGAGGCAGCUCAGCUCCAGGCUCCGCAGUUUGAGCGCUGCAGCACGAGAAUGUUUAAGCUACUGCUUCUAUCUGCAUUUAGUAGCAUAAAAAAAAGCCCUCCUUGUGGGGUUGAUUUUUAUACAAAAUUAUUCUUCAAAGCUGCAUUUGGGUGUCCUUUUCAAUGCUGUGUGAUGGAAACCCCCAUGUGUAACCCUGUGCUGAUGGAGCACACCAGGGGGGUGGUGUCUCACCAGGAAGGUGUUGCCCUGUGAGGAAGAAGCUCCUCUCCUGGGGGCUCCGUGGCUGAACGGGGGGCACAGCCCAAGCCCUGGUUAAUGGGAGGAGGGGGAGUUUUACAGACCUCACGUGUGAAAGCAACAUAUUUUUCUAUUGUGAAAAAUAAUGAAAUAAAUUUUGCUGAAUGUUUUAA